AUGGCCAUGCUCCGAAUUGGGCCUGGUGCUCUCUUCGUGCUUUUGCUGCUUGGUUUUGGUCCAUUAUUGGUCGUUGCUGGAAUCGUUAACCGCACUAUUGACGAUACUUUUGGCGAUUCACAGACAGGCCUGCUUGCAUCCUAUCGACCGACUACUGUAGGCGUCUGGAAGGACGAAACAUGUCUUGACUGUGCGAUCAAUCCCGAUGUAUCACAGACUUUCAAAAGGACUUAUACUGCAGCAACAUAUGCGCCGUCUCUCGGCAGCAUAUCCAUCACAAUGAAGUUCAACGGAACAGCCAUCUAUGUCUUCUUCGUGCUGGCGAACAACCAAGGAGAUGGCAUCACCACUUUGACCAUGGCUAACUUCACGCUGGACGGAAAUUCGCCACAGUUGUUCCAACAUGCUCCCGACCUAACGACAACAAGCUUUGAUUUUAAUCAACUAGUCUUCUCGCAGACAAACCUCAUCAAUGCAGAGCACACGCUGGUAAUAUCAACCUCGGGUGUGAACACCAACGUUUACGUCAAUUUUGACUAUGCUAUUUAUACACACGAUGACGAUGCUCCCUUACUUCCACUUCCACCCCCUGGCAGCUCUUCCACAUCCUCUUCCACAUCCUCUUCCACAUCCUCAUCGUCAUCACAGACAAAGGGAGCGACAGCAUCACCAACUCCAUUACAAAAUCCAUCCGACAAUUCACCCUCUGCGGAAAAAACAGGCACGUCGACGGGUGUCAUUGCGGGGGGUGUUGCAGGCGGCCUGGCAGUAUUAGCCAUUCUUGCUACUGUCAUCUUCUGCUGGAUUCGUAGGAAAAGGCGAGGGCAGCAGGCCAGUCGAUUAGAGGCUGAUGGAUACACACCUCCGUUAAUGGAAGAACUCGGGUCUCCCGUUGGUAUCCAACAUCGAUCACCUGGCUUUGUGCAGCCGUUUUUGGAUUCAUACAACUCUCGAAGUAGGAGCGAACUUGGCCCAUCGACAACAGCACCCUCCGUCGCUUACACGCACCCACUUUCGUCUUCGUCACAAUCUGACUCUCCCUACGACGCAUACGUCAGUAUUGCUGGUAGCAAGAGCAGUAGCGACGCUGCUCCGUCACGAUCUGGACAACAAUACGCCUCGGGAAGCGACAACAGCCGCCGGAUGUUGCACUUUGUUACCGCCCCCGACCUACCCGCAUCGCCGACCACACCGCACCCAGGCGCUGUCACAGCCACAACCUCUGUGCGCGACAGCGGGAACAUUGAAGACAUACGGCGCGCACGUCAGAACGAAUUGGACGCUCGUCUGCGCACUGUGCAAGAGGAAAUGGCGUUUUUAGCAUCUGACAUGUCUGGGGAGAAGUCUGGUCGCCAUAGGUCUGUGAGGAGACGGCGGACACUUGGGCAGCAGUCACAGGGCGCCGAGCCUGGCGCAGGGGUGGUUGAGGUUGAAGAGGAGAUGAGUGUGGCGGAGAUGAAGGAUCAAUUGCGGUUCCUGAGGGAUCAGGUUGAGUAUCUGAGGGAGCAGCAACGAUCAGCGUGGGCACAGGGCUUGUCGGACGACCCACCCCCAGGUUAUACCCCUGCAUCAACAUGA